AUGGAGAAUGGAUCCUUGGAAGAUCAUUUGUCCAACACAAACAACAAUACACUUCUGUGGAAAGAACGACUCAAGAUCUGCAUUGGUGCAGCUCUAGGACUACAACAUCUCCAUGAGAAUGCGAAGCAAAGAGUCAUCCACGGUGACAUAAAGCCAGCUAAUAUUCUGUUGGACGAGAAUUGGGUUGCAAAACUUACUCAUUUUAGGUUUUCCAAAUUAAUACCCAAUAACACUACAUUUGUAACACUAACGGAUUCAAAUGUUUGCGGUACUAUGGGAUAUAGGGCACCAGAGCUCUGGAUGCACGGAAAAUUAACAACAAAAUCUGACGUAUAUUCAUUUGGUAUGGUGUUGUUGUCAGUAUUGUGUGCUAAGAAGCCAUAUUAUGAGCUAGAUGGGGAUUGCAAGUCAUUAGUAGAUCAGUUCAUGAAUAGUAUCAAAACCAUUGAUCGAAUCAUUGAUCCAAAUCUGAUUGGGAAAAUAGCACCCGAAUGCUUGAAGGAAUUUGUCGAUAUUGCAAUAAGUUGUCUACUUGAUCAGGACAACUGGCGACCCUCGAUAGACAAUGUGGUAAGGAACCUCCAAUCUGCAUUACUACUGCAGGAGGCUUGGGAGAAUCAUUUUGAGAUUGGUGCUGAGUUACCUGUGAUUGACGUUUACUGUUGUAGCAUUUUCUCUACUGAUGGUUACUGGACAAUUGGUGAUUUGCGUCUUUUUCCAUCAAAUGUUGAUGAUGAUCUUGCUGAUGAUCUUGCUUCAAAUCUUGACGGAGGAUCGAAUGGGUACCUGUCAGACACAGAUUUUGAUGAAUUAAUUCGUUAA